CAGCGAUGGGUUUAACUGCAGCGACGAGGGGAUUCUUUGUCUUCCUUCUCUCUGUGUCAGACGUGAGGAGCAGCGAUGGGUUUAACUGCAGCGACGAGGGGAUUCUUUGUCUUCCUUCUCUCUGUGUCAGUGGUACUUGGUCAGACUGGUUAUAGAGUGACUUACUCUUCUACUCAGAUCUGUGCUGUAAAAGGAUCAACAGUGGAAAUAAACAGCUCCUUCACAUACCCAUAUAAAGUUGGGAACCGUUCUACAACUGUGGAGAAAACAUUUUGGUUCACAGGGUCUGAAAUUAGAGGGUCUGAACGUGAUGAUCUGUCGACAGACUCAAAGUUUUCUGGUCGUGUGACUCACAGUUGCAGUCAGAAAAAGUGCACUCUGAGAAUCUCAGACUUGAGAGAGAUCGAUUCAGCUGAGUACAAGUUCAUAUUCAUAACAAACCAAGAAGGUGGACGUUUUACUGGUUCACCUGGAGUCACUCUGACUGUCUCAGUUCACUGUGUAGAGGUUAAAACAUAUUCAGGAUCAAGCUGGGCAGAGGUGAAGUGUCAGAGCAGUAGUCGUCUAUCUGCUCUUUCCUACGUCUGGUACAAGAAUGGAGUGAACAUGAACAAAGACACUUAUUCAGUUCAACAAUACUUUGAUGAUGGAGACAGUGUUUCCUGUGCUGUUAAAGGAUCCGAGAAGUUUCCCUCUCCUCCACAAUGUGUCCUUCAUCACACCUGCUACAAAGUGACUUACACUGACAGAAGCAUCUGUGCCAUCAAAGGUUCAUCAGUGGACAUUUCCUCCACAUACAGUUAUUAUUAUGAUUAUGUUGACUCAAAGUUCUGGUUCAGUCGUGAUCGUAGUCGUCAGUCGAUGAAUCCCUCACAGCCUGAGGACCUGAGUAAAGACUCCCAGUAUUCAGGUCGUGUUCAGGUCCUUGAACCAGAGACGGGAAGAUCCACUCUGAGAAUCACUAACCUGACAGAGAGUGAUUCAUCUGAGUAUCACUUUAAAUUCAAGACACCAUGGUUUGAAUGGAGAAGUGUUUUACCUGGAACAACUCUGACUGUCACAGCUCUGCAGGUGCAGGUGACCAGAAUAAUAUCAGUCCAUCAGUCUCAAACUGAGGCAGAGCUCCAGUGUCUCAGCAGCUGCAGUCCAGCUGGUCGUCUUUACGUCUGGUUCAAGAACCAACAGAGAAUCAGGACACAGCAAACUUCUACUUUGACAAACAACUUUUCUCCUGGAGACACAGUCUCCUGUGCUUUCAGUGGACAUGAGGAUUACCGCUCUCCUUCAGUCUAUGCUCCAAAGCUUCCCUCUGUAUCAGUGAGUCCAUCUGGUGAGAUAGUGGAGGGUAGUUCAGUGACUCUGACCUGUAGCAGUGAUGCUAACCCAGCAGCUAACUACACCUGGUACAAGAACCAAACACUUGUCAGUAAUGGACCACAGCUUGUCCUCAGCUCUGUCCAGCCCUCUGACUCUGGAGAGUAUCAAUGUACAGCUGAGAACACGAUGGGCAAGAUGUCGUCCACAUACAUUAUAAUUGAUGUAAAAUAUCCUCCAAAGCUUCCCUCUGUGUCAGUGAGUCCAUCUGGUGAGAUAGUGGAGGGUAGUUCAGUGACUCUGACCUGUAGCAGUGAUGCUAACCCAGCAGCUAACUACACCUGGUACAAGGAGUCAAGUGGGGGUCCAGAAAAUGACAACCCUGCAGCUACAACACAGAGAAUAUCAGCAGAGCAGCAGGAUGAAGUUUGUUAUGCCACCGUAAGUGUCUCUAAGAACCAAGAAGAUCCUCUCUACUCCAGCAUCACGCUAGCUCAAUACAACAAACAGAAGAAGAAGACAGAGAAGGAGGGAGAUGAUGUUGUGUACACAGCUAUCCAGUUUACUGCUUCAGGAAUAGGACGUGAAGCUGAGGAGGAUGUGUCUGUGCUGUACAGCACAGUGAAGAGCAAACGCAGAAAAUGA